AUGCUUCCGGGGGCCCCCAUGGCGCUGCAAGCUGCAGCCGCUGCCUCCGACGAGGGCGGGGAGGCCUCCAGCAGCAAUUCGCAGGCGCAGCACCCAGGGGGCCCCCAGGGGGCCCCCCCGGGGGCCCCCCCGCGGGCCCCCCAUGGGGUCCCCCCGGAGGGGCCCCCCGGGGGGCCCCCCGGGGAAGUUAGGGGCCCCUAUUUGCUGCACGUGAGGAUUUACAAGGCGCCGGAAGUGAGUGGGAGUUGGAGUGUACGUACAGCAGCAGCAGCAGCAGCAAAGCUGCGGUUCUUCAACCCCGAGGUGCAGCUGGUGCCGCAGUCGAAGGCCCUGCAGCAGCUGCUGGGCCUCUCGCCAAGCAGCAGCAGCAGCAGCAGCAGCAGCAGCAGGUGGAGGGGCAUGAGCUACGAGGCCAUCUGCGAGCUGUCUGUACACCCCGUGGUAGCAGCACUGGCGCAGCAGCUGCUGCAGGGCUGCUGCUGCUGCUUCCCCACAGAGACAGUUUAUGGGCUGGGAGCUGCUGCAACUUUGCGGAGUUCCAUUUCGAAGAUCUUUUCCAUUAAACAAAGACCUGCUUCCGACCCUCUCAUCUGCCACGUGGUCUCGCAGCAGCAGGCGCUGCAGCAGGUGCUGCUGCUCGACGACCCCUGCAGCAGCAGCAGCAGCAGCAGCAGCAGCGGCAGCAGCAGCCUCGUCAAGGUCUUCCGCUGCCUCACGGACGCCUUUUGGCCGGGGCCCCUCAGCAUCGUGGCGCGGCGGCGGCCGCUGCCCAGCAGUCCCGCAGCAGCAGCAGCAGCCCCAGCAGCAGCAGCAGCAGCAGCAGCAGCAGCAGCAGCAGCAGCAGCAGCGGGGGUCGCGGAGGAGGUGACCGGGGGCUCCGACUGCGUGGCCGUGAGGGCCCCCCACCACCCCCUGGCCCUGGCCCUUCUUGCUGCAGCAGGGGCCCCUGUUGCUGCUCCCUCAGCAAAUCGAUUUGGCCGCAUUUCCCCCACAAGUGCUGCUCACGUGCACAAGCAGUUCCACCUGCAGCACUUCACCUGCAGCAGCAGCAGCAGCAGCAGCGGCGGCGGCGGCGGCAGCAGCAGCGGCGGCGGCAGCGGCAGCAGCGGCGCGGUCCAGCAGCGCGAACGAGACCAGCAGCAGCAGCAGCAGCAGCAGCAGCAGCAGCGGGUCUAUGAGCUGCCAGUGCUAGACGGGGGCGAGUGCUGCUUCGUGGGAAUCGA